AUGACCGGCAUUCCAAUUAAAACAUUCUACGAGGCAGAUCAAACAACUUGGAGCUACCAGUCAAACCAUGUGGAUGGCGCUUCAAGAUUCAUUACUGUGAGCGGCCUUUUAGCACUGACCAAUGCUGAGUUCUCUCUUUUGGAAUGGAGGGACUUGGACUGGAAUAAUGUCGACGGUCAACUUCCCAAAUAUGUCGCCAUAUCACACACUUGGAACUCUUCUCCCGAGGUCAUGAGGCUUAGCACGAUUGCGAAUCGGCCUCUACACAUUGACAUGGGCGAUAGUUCCCCAUCUACAAUCAGUUGGCAUGGUCUGCGCCAAGCAGCACUUGCAGCUCGACAUUUGGGAUGCGAAUUACUAUGGCUUGAUUUCAUCUGUGUUCAUCAAAACUCUCUAGACGACAAGAAACUCCAAAUUCCCAACAUGGGCAACAUAUACAAGAAUGCGACGGCAGUUAUAGUCAUGCCCGGUGGCGUUUCUGCAGCUCAAGAUUUCGAAAUUGAGACUGAAUGGGCUAGUCGAGCGUGGACAGUUCAGGAGGCAGCUCUAUGUCCAAACACAUAUGUGCUAGGCAUGGAUUACGUGUGGUUACUCAAACAAAAGAUUGAUGACUAUCUUUUUACAGAAAGAUCUGCUUGGCCAGGCUAUCAGGAUUUUACCUACCUUGAGGAUAGCCUUGCAUUAGCAGAUAUACGGGGUAUCCUGAAUCAUCUCCAGGGUGUAAUACAUAUCGAAGUCACCAACAGAAAAACAGGCGAAGUUGUCCGAAAAGGGAGGUGGUUGUUGAAAUGUCUCGGCGAUGGCGCAGUUGUUUGGGCUUUCGCAGCUCUUUUGUUGGCCACAACACCCGCCAUGAGGCAAGUUGGUGUUUGGCGGAGUUUGUGGUUGCGCAAAUCGAAAUAUCCCCAGGAUACAGUGUAUAGCAUGAUGCAUUUGCUGGGCGUUGAAAUCGAGGUCGAUUACAACCGCAGUAGAGAAGAUCUUAUUGCUGAGGUUGUGAGGAAGACAUCAAUGUCAUUUCCGUCGUGGCUGGAUAUUAUGGAACAUGGCGCGCCCCGUGAACUUCGACAGAGGCUGUUUCCUACCAUUCCGACCUUUGACGUUCAGCAAACCCCAAUAUUCAUAGUCGAAAAGCAGCCCGUUCCUGUUGAAAAGUAUAUCUUGACUCAGACGUACAUGAAGAUAUUCAAUAUUAAGAUUCUGAUUCCCGCAGCUGCUUCUUCGGACAAUAGCGAUCUGGUGUGUACAGAAAUCUUUGAGAUUCAAAACAACCGAGCCAAUGAGCCCUUAGUUGUCAAUGGCUAUGGGGAAGCAUAUCACUGGAAUCUAUCAAAUGCCGACUCAACUCACGUCAUGCUCAUAGGGGCCGAGGAUUUCAUUAUUCCAACCAAUGGGUUUAUUCAACACCUAGCGGCAUAUGAAAUUAAGAAAUCCAAGAGUGGUGCAUGGGAAUGUUUUCCAGGACAUAGUGGUGUGCCCGAAGAGUUUGUGGGCAAAACACGGAGGAGUCAUUUGCGAAUAGGGGGAUCUCCAGGAUCAAAAAUAACUGAGUGCGAUUGCGCCGAUGGUGAUUAA